CUCUCUCUCUCUCUCUCUUUCUCCCUCCCUCCCUCUCUCUCAGUAUUUCAGCUGACGCUGUGCCAGCUUCUCACAUUGCUCCAACUCCAAAACAUGGCUGCAAAUCGGGUUAUUGUUUAUGGCGGAAGAGGCGCACUGGGCUCCAAGUGCGUCCAGCAUUUCAAGUCGAAGGGAUGGUGGGUCGCCAGCAUCGACAUCAACGCCAACGAGGAUGCGACUGAAAACGUGCUCGUCAAGUUGACUGAGUCCUUCACGGAGCAAGCCGGUCAGGUGACAAGAGACGUGGCGCAAUUGCUAGGUGAACAGAAAGUCGACGCCAUCUUAUGUGUGGCGGGAGGAUGGGCAGGAGGAAAUUGCAGUUCCAAAGAUUUGUACAAAAACACAGAUCUGAUGUGGAAACAGAGCGUGUGGACCUCCACUAUCUCCAGCCACCUGGCCGCCCUGCACCUGAAACCUGGUGGGCUGUUGACUCUGGCUGGGGCCAAAGCGUCCCUUUCUGGCACCGGCGGUAUGAUCGGCUACGGCAUGGCCAAAGCUGCUGUCCACCAGCUCUGCCAGAGUCUAGCAGGCAAAAACAGCGGCAUGCCAGCAGGGGCGGCCGCUGUGGCCAUCCUCCCGGUUACCUUGGAUACACCAAUGAACAGGAAGUUCAUGCCUGACGCAGACUUCAGUUCCUGGACACCACUGGAGUACAUUGCCGAUUUGUUUUACGGCUGGGCUAGUGGAGUGGACCGGCCAGCUUCAGGAAGCCUGAUGCAGCUGCUAACCUCCGGAGGCGAAACCCAGGCUGUGGUGGCCGAGCAGUAGAGGACAGGGAGCUGAGGAGAUGGUGUUCUUCACCUCUGCCAACCUUUCCUUGAAGUUUGAGUUGAGUGAUUCCAGCCUUAAUUUUUUAUGGAAAACCCUCCCCUGAAAAUGCAACCAAACAACUGUUCACCUGUAAUUCUGUGUACCAACGAGAGGCGUACGUGGCGUCGUGACUGUGUGUGUAACGUCAGCUCUGUAGUCCGGACAUCAGUAUGUUUGUAAUGUUGAGUCCUUGUAGGUCCUCUCCCACUGCACCACAAAGGGAACCUCAACGUAAGAAGUAAGCCGCUGUCUUCUUUCAAACGGACAAAACACUUGAAAGUGGAAUGGCCUUAUUGUACAUUUGUAGGUGUUAGGUCGAGUGUCCUUGGUGUGUCUGCGCUAAGAAUACAGUGUGUCCUGUUGUGGUUUUCCAAAGUCCUGUAGCUCAUUGUAUUUGUAUCAGAUUUACACUGAAAUAUGUCAAAAUAAAGAAUUCUGUGUUUUAAUACCCACUGAAUGUGGAAAUUUAGUAAACUUGACACAUACUGCAUCACACUAACCUAUUUUACUCAUGUAAUUAUAUUUAAUUUCAAGCAUUCCAGUCAGACGUGGAUGUGCUAUGUGAUCUUAUGCACUGAAUAGAUAUUAGAUAGUCUUAGAAAUGAGCACCUUAGAUGAGUGGUUCUCAACCUGUGGGUCAGGACCCCCACAAAGGGUCACAACAUGAUCUAUGACAUAACCAAAACAAAAAAA